GACUCGAUCGGUUAUCGUAAAUCUUCCUGAAUUCGGAAUGAAUGCCGCGAAUCCUCGACGCGGGACACCCCUGAUCACCACUUUAGUGGACCAAAACCUCAUUCAUGCAAUCUUCGUGUCUUUGGAGUCGUCUGGUGUACGUUGAAGCUUCUCGGGCUAGCUUAGCUUCCCAACAAAGAGACGCGUUUGUGAUCAACACAUCCCUCUCAUCAUAAAUCAAUCCAGCAAUAAAGUAUUAUUCUUUCCACCACUGACUGCACAGAAAGUGUUAUGAAAAUGUGUGCAAGAAGGACUGGAGAGUACGAGGAAGAGGUUCGUGAACCAAAAGAGGAGGAGGAGCCACAAGGUCAACUACUGGAUGCUGUGUUCAAUCUGCAGCCUCGAAUUGUCCUACGCAGAGCAGGUUAUGUCAUGUGAUCUGUGUCAGCGGUUUACCAAAUUAAAGACUCAAGAUCCACAGUUUAUACCAAUCAAGGUCAAGGAGCCUUUAAAACUGGUGGCGAUGGACUUAAUUGAAAUCCGUGAAAAUCUUCAUCCACAGCGGCAGCAGUCUGUGUCCCGUCACAUUAAAGAGGAAAAGGAGGGUGAAGAGGUUCAGCACAUCAAAGAGGAGGAGGAAGAGUUCCUACACAUGAAGGAGGAAGAGGAGGAAGAAAUCAUCCAGCUUCCAUCCACUGGUGUUCAUUUGAAGAAUGAAGAUGUAGCUCAAAGUGAGAAGAGACGAUGGGCAGAGCCUCCAAGCAGAAACAGCUCAAGUGAUGGAGACCAUUGUGAAGGAUCACAAACAGACGGUCAUGAUGAUGAUAAUGAACAGGUGGAAAGUGGUAUGACAUGUCACACUGCCAACAAAUACUGGAAAUAUUCUCAGUUUCGGAAAACCUUUGCUUCGAUGAGGAAUUUCAAACACAUGAAAAGACACAGACGUGAGAAGCCUUUUACAUGCUCAGUUUGUGGCCAAAGAUUCACUGGGAAUGCAAACUUAAAAAGACUCACAAGAACUCACAUCGGAGAGAAACCAUUUUCCUGCUCAAUUUGUGUACAAAGUGUCGCUCAGCAGGGAAUAUUAAAAAUGCACACAAGAACACACACUGGUGCAAAACGUUUUUCCUGUUCAGUUUGUGAUAAAAGAUUCACUCUUAAGAAAAAUUUAAAAAUACAUACAAGAACACACACUGGUGAGAAAUGUUUUGCCUGCUCAACUUGUGGUAAAAGAUUCUCAGAAAAUGGAACUUUAAAAAGACACACAAGAACACACACUGGUGAGAAGCCUUUUUCAUGCUUAAUAUGUGGCCAAAGAUUCUCUGAGAAGAGAAACUUAAAAAGACACAAAAGUACACACACUGGGGAGAAACCUUUUUCCUGCUUAGUUUGUGGCCAAAGAUUUUCUCAGAAGGAAAACUUAAAAACACACAUAAGAACGCACACUGGUGAGAAACCUUUUUCCUGCUCAGUUUGUGGUCAACAAUUCUCUCAGAAGGGAAACUUAAAAUCACACACAAGAACCCAUACUGGAGAGAAACCGUUUUCCUGCUUAGUUUGUGGUAAAAAAUUCACUCAGAAGGGAAACUUAGAACUACACACAAGAAUGCACACUGAUAAGUAAACUUUUUCCUGCUCUGUUUGCAGUCAAAGAUCUCUUCUCAGUAAUAGGCUCAGACACACAAGCGUGUGGGAGAAAAAGCCACGAUGUAGAAACUUUUAGUGUAAAUGUGUAAAAUGAAAGUAAUUACUGUGAUUGCCCGACAAUCACAAUUUUGUAUUCUAUGUACCAACUUUUAUUUUUUUUUUUUUGACCCAUAACAAAGGUAAAUUGUCUCCAAAUGGCGGAUGAUCUGAUUUGAGCUUGUCUGAGCUGCAAAAGCUAAAAUAUUGGGCUAAUAAUUCAAAAUAUACAUCCAUCCAUUCAUUUUCUGAGCCACUUAGGAUCACAAGGGUAACGAGAGUCCUGGAGCCCAUCACAAAUAUCUUUGGGCAGGAGGCAGGGUACACAUUGGAUUGGUUGCGAGCCAAUCGGAGGGCACAGAGACAGACUACAGUCAUGUGCACAAUCACGUUUUGGGGCAAUUUGGAGUCUCAAAUCAAUGUAUGUUUUUGGUAUGUAGGAGGAAACCCACGUAGGCACUGGGAGAACAUGGAAAAUCCACACAGGCAGGUACAGGAUUUUAACCCUGGUCCUUGUAACUGUGAGGCCAACUCUCUACAGCUGUUCCACCGUACAGCCCCUGCCCCAUGUUUUUCAAAUAGAUUUACCCUCAAAAAUGUGACUUUGACUCCAGUGCAACUUUUGUCUUCCUUCUUUAUUAUCCAUUUUUGGCAUGUGACUUAAACUCCGAAGCGACUUAUAGUCUGGAAAAUACGGUCAUCAAAAAUAUUGGGUGACUCAUUAUAUUUUCAGAGUAUUAAGAUCCCUCGAGUAGAAAUGUAUGCAUAUAUUUUGGUGAUGAUAGUUGACAGUUUUGGGACAUGAAGCCAUGUUUCUUGAAUUAAUGCUUGUGGCUCGUAAGAAUGUGAUACUUCCACGCCAUUUUUCAUUUCAAUGCUCAGGAGCCACCGGAUGCGAAAGAUCGAUUCGCCUUGUGUUCUAACGUUUCAGUUUCCUCUCAUGGCACGUUUGGACACAUUCAUCGAUGCUGUAAACUUUGCGAGGCGCCAACAUUCCUUCAAGGACAAGUUGAGCUGUCCCUGUCAUGAGCAAGACUCUGCAUUGAAGUCCUGCAUUUGGGUCUGCCCCCGCACCGGAGGUUCGUGACAGUCCCAACCUUGAGCGUUCGGGCGAAGGAGGCAAAUUUGGAAAUGCCCACAUCAUUUGCGUUAUUCACGCUGCCCUGCACAGAUUCUCAUCUAUCUGCGUGAACUGCAUUGACUUCCUAUGCAAUCACACUGCACGAGAACAUGGGCACUUAGCAUAAUGAUAACGUCCAUCUUCAUCCCAAUCCUUAAAUUUUCCCAUUUGUGCACAGUAAUUUUGUGUGUGUAAUUUUGGGGUGUAGCUGUUGUUCAUGUUGCAACAAUACACGACCAACUUGAACAAAGCGGUUUUUGGAAACUCAAGCAAGCUGUAUUUUUUUGUUUUUAAUUUCCCAGAAAGUUAUCAUUUUGAAUAUGAUGGGAUUCCAUCUAAGAGGUAUGAUGCAUGAAAUAUGUCUAAUUACUGCCACUUCAUGGUAUGGUAAAGUCCUUGUUCCACACCUCCUCUAGCAGUGCUUUUUAAUUUUGUUGACGACAACGGGGAGUUUGAAAGGGAAUUAGGUUUUUACUAAUCGCUCAAGUGUAUUAAUUUUCUUGAUCAUGCAUGUAUUUUGUCCAUUGUUUUAUUUAUGUCAAUGUCCAAUAAGUAGAUAUUUGAUCAAAACGCUGGAAACUAUGUAUAUGUGAUUCUUAAUAAAAUACAUGUCACACCGGGAGGCUGACUCCAUUUUGUUUGUAAAUCAAAUCCAUUUUCAUGUUG